UUUCAAACGACAGCGCUGCUUCAAAGAGAAUGUUUUGUUCCCAUACACAUAUACUUUGCAGCUGGCAAUGCUCCUUAUUGCUCUUUCCUUUCUCUGCCCGUUCGCUUUUUCUGUCAUUGCUAUUUCCCUUUAUUAUUAUUUUAUAUUUUUGCCGCUGCUCCACCGCCUUUUGUUUGCAGCCGUUGGUUUUCCAUACGGUUUUCGUUCGUAGCAUUUUCAAUUGUAUAGUGCAAGUGGGAAAAAUCAGACACUGCAAAGCCAAUUGGUUAAGAAAUAAGCGGACGUUGGAGUUUUCCCGUUGACGCCGUUGUAGUUGCUUUACCUUUAUGCAUCAUUUUUCACACUUUGAUUUUUCACUUCAGUCGAUUUCCAAACAUUUUUAUACAUUUGUAAAAAUUGAAGUGAGUGAAGUGUUUUAUAGAUAUAUACAAACGAAAUAAAUAAAUUGUAAAAUUAAGAUACACAAUUUAUUAACGAAAAUUCUUAUUACAAAAAAAAAAAAAAAAUAGUAAUCAAAUUUGAUGUGUUUUCCAUUCUCGUAAAAGUGAAAAUUUCGAAAAUUGUGCAUAUAGCGUGUGUAUACAUACAUAAAUACAUACUAAUUUGGAAGUGUGUUGAGAUUGUGAGGCAAGCAAGAAGCGGUGCAUAAGUGUUGAAAGAAAUCUUGUGAUAGAUAUUCUGAAUAUUUUCUGUGGCAAAUAGAAAGUCCAACGUUCCGGCUAAGCAAGAAAAUAGCAAUAACAAUAAAAUUAGUGACAAGUUACAUACGGGGACUUUAUGGUACUCACUUAUGACGGCGUUGGCACUGUUGGCGAUGUCGCUUUGAAAUGCCACUAUACUUACAAAAUAUAUAACAAUAAUUAAAAUUAAAUUAUAGUAAAAAGGGGUGUGAACUCACAGUUGGUUGGCUGUAAAUUUGUCAGACGGCAGCCGCAAAAUCAAACAGACAUUCGUCACACAAAAGUGGAAGCUCGCCAGGAAGAGAUAUCACUUUACGCCUGAGUGACUUCAUUGUACACGUGAUUGCAUCAGACACAAAGGAGACCCUUUCCCACCCUGCCCAAAGUGUGAAACUCAACGUCGUGUGUAAAACUGUGCAGAUAUAACAACAGCCACCCAUUGCCUACAUUGCGGAGCCUCCGCAUGCAUUUCCCCACACCCCACAUGCCAUGAUGCGUUACUCGGAAAUAUCCAGAGAAUUAUCGGCGGAUAGUUUGGGUUACGUUGAACUAGGUGAGGAUUAUAUCUAUAAGAAUUUACGUGAAGAUUCGCCGCGCAGUGACACUCAUUCCAAUGCUAGCAGCAGUUGCAUGCCACUACCAACAUACACCGCCAACAAUCAUCACCAACACCUUAAACAGCAAGAACAGCAACAGUACCAACAACAAUUGAAUUCACAACACGAGCAACAGCCACAGCAUCACCGCGCCGACUACACUAAUUCGAUGAGCAAUUGCGGCCAACAACACGUAGCCGGCUUACGCAAUUCCAAACGUUAUUCGUGUGGGCGUAACGGUAGUCAUGAUGGCGCCGCAACCAUUUCCUACAUGCGUCCACGCAAGGAUAGCACACGCUCAACGCAGAGCUGUCAAUUCGAUGCCGAACAGUUGACGCAAGCAAUCGCUAGCAAGACAAUGCAUGUGAAAAGUAGUCGUCGCAAGAAUUCCAUCGGAUGCCUGAAUUCGUUGUCCUCAUCGCCGGGCUCGCCGGGUUGCUACUACUGUGUUGGCACCGCACCACCGCCCGGCAAGAGUCAAAGUCUGCCCGCACGUUCGUCUAUGAACAAUUUGGAUGCGGUCAUAUUGAAUGCGCUACGCGUGCCGGCUGAUGAGUUGGCCAAUCAGAUUACGCUCUUGGAUUUUCCCAUCUUCGCCGCCAUACAACCGGACGAGCUGACCAGUUGCGCUUGGACGAAGAAGGACAAACAUGUCGUCACACCGAAUAUUGUUGCAUUUACGAAACGUUUCAAUCACACCAGCUUUUGGACUGUGCAGGAGAUAUUGAGUGGCGAACAGCCAAAGCAACGUGCCGAAAUACUGACACACUUCAUUAAGGUGUCCAAGAAACUGCACGAACUGAACAAUCUACAUUCGCUGUUUGCCAUCAUUUCCGCCAUGCAAAGUGCCAGCAUUUUCCGCUUGAAAAAGACUUGGGCUUGCCUCUCCAAAAAGGAUCGGCAAGCAUUUGAACGGCUUAGCGAUAUAUUCAGCGAUCAAAAUAAUUGGGAGAAUUUACGUGCCUAUUUAGAGAGUCUACGCCUACCAUGCAUACCAUAUUUGGGUUUAUUCCUGACCGAUCUAAUUUAUAUUGAUUUAGCGCAUCCACAUAAGGGUGGGCUCGAACCCGAACAACGCCGCAAUAAAAUGAAUAAUAUUUUGCGCGUCAUUUCCAAUUAUCAACAGUCAGACUACACGCAUAUAAUGCCAAUUGAGGCAACACAAAAAUAUUUGACAUCCAUACGCUAUAUUGAGGAGUUGCAGAACAUCUUCGAAGAGGAUCAAUACAAAAAAUCCCUCAAAUUGGAGCCCGCCUCACCGUCCGGUCCGAGUUCAUCAUCUUGCAGCUCGAAGGAGUCUUUCAAUAUAGACGCAAUCACACCGGCACUGGCUUGCUUGAAUCUCUCACCCGCCAAAACGAUCGGUUCCAUGCGCAUCGCCAACAGUAGCGGCACUAAAUUCAUUCCCGGCCAUCGCAAAUGUCGCAGCCUGGGCACGAACAUUUUCGGCAAAAUCACACAUUCGCACAACGACAACGCCAACUAUGGCAACCCCACACUAAUGCUCGGCUACGGUGACGAGCACUACCUGCACGAUUACAGUGUGCUCAGCCAACAGCAAGCGCGCCAUCUACUGGACGACUCAGUGCUGGAGCAGAGCAGUAAUAUGUUGAGUAGCGGCGAUGCCACUUCGAAUGAUAGCGUUGAAGGCGCACUUUGCCACAACAGUGAUUUGGAGCUCAUCUAUGCGCCCACGCUCGAUCCCGAGAAUUGUGUGCAAGGUUGUGUGCGUCGGAAGACGGUGCAAAAGGAGGGUCGCAAACCCGCUGUGGCCUCUUGGCAACGCUACUGGCUACAAAUUUGGGCCAAUUCGCUUGUGUACUUUCCGCCCAAAUCAUUCAAAGGCAGCGAACGUAGCGACUUCAAGCGCGAACCAUGCAAAGUGUGUCCGCUCGAGGGCUGGUUCGCACAAGUCGUCGAUAAUACGAAGCAUAAAAACUCAUUUGAGAUUUAUCAUCGUACAUUGGGCACAAUCUACAAGUUUCGCACGGAUAGCGCGCAGGCGACACAGCUUUGGACCGCCUCUAUUUGCAAGGUGGCCAUGCAACGUAGCGCGCCCAAACCGCUGCCCAUCAAUUUGAUGUCGUUCGAGUGAUUUGAAAUGGCAGACGAGGGUUGUGGCAUGCUAGUGUCGGGGUGUUUGAUUGUGCUAAAAUGAAAUUACGACAAAUGCAACGGGUAGCGGUUACUUUUAAAUAUUACAACGCCGGUGACGCGCUUCAAUGGAUUUCCAAUUGCUCUGAAAUCGUGUUCAGCAUGAAAUCCCCGCUCUAUAUACUCUGCUUGGUGUAGCUUAGUUUUCACACUCAACGCUUGUUUAAUUUUUGUUGCUUUCAUUUAACUUGUCUACAAAUUACUCGAAACAUAGCAGAAACAGCGAGCCUCAUAUGAAAGUUGGUGAGCAGACAGCACAUCAUUUUACAAACGAGAAUUAAUCCUUUAAAGACUGAUACUUGUCCGCAUAGACGGACGUAACGAACUCAAUAGAGACUCAGUGAAAACUCAACCGAAACUCUUUAUGGAACAAAACGAAAGCAACUUUCUUAUUGUAAGAAUACUUAACUUUUUUUUUCUUGCUGAGGAUUUCUGAAAUUGUUUACUCGAAAUUUUCAUAAAACAAUUUUGUAAGGCAUUUUAACUGUUACUCACAUAUACAUUUGUACUUAUUUAAUAAAGCAAGUGCUUGUUAAUGGUACGGAGAGAAAGGUCGAUAGAGAGUGAGGUUUUCAAUAUGUAUUUUUGAAAGUAAAUAUUUCACAGAGAAAAAAAUUAUAUGCGUUUACAACUAAUACGCCGCAGUACAAUUUGAGGUAAUGAGAGAUUUAAAAUAUGUGUUUUUUAAGAACAAUAAUUGUAGCUGAAUAAAUAUAGAAUAGUUUAAAAUAAAAAGAUUACUGUUUAUGGUCAUCGGAAAUAAGCGCUAUAAAAAUAAAAAUAUCCGCAAACUGCCUUAAAACAGUUUGUUGCCUUAAAUUAAUGUUAAUAAUGUUUUUUGCGAGAAAGAGUUGAAUGUGAAUUUGUACUUGGCGUUUUUGCUUUUGACCACUGUAUCAAGCUUAAAAAAAUACGUGGUUUAUUUAAAAAGCUAGAAAAUCUAAAUAUAAUGAAAUUUUUGUGGACCUGUAGAUUUUAUAUAUAGUUUUGAAUAGAUUGUGUAACUCUUUGUCAUACAAGUACAUCCACUAGAAUUAUAAUAGUUAUAUGCAGAUUGAAACUUAAGGCUUGUGGUAACUCAACUUAAGUUCUUUAUAAGAACUUAAUUUUUUUUUUUUGGCUCGAAAAACUUAUUUCUUAUUAUUAUUUCCUUAAAUAUUUGCGUUGCUUUUAAAACUUAAUUGAAUUAUAUUGAAAGAAAUUCUCUUGAAAUAACCAUUAUUUGCAAAUCUAUAAGAAAUAUAUUCUCCACUUAAGGAAUGACUAUCUCGGCACAAAAAAUACGCCAUUAACACAAUCUCUAUUACUUUUCCAACAACAUGUAUGUACAUGUAGUAUGUUAAAAAAAAAAUUGGAAAUUAUUAAAAUUUUAGGCAAAUUUUUUCAUACAGAAUUAUUAUAAUUUAUACUGUAUUUCUCCGCUCUGUUUCUCUCCGUUAUUCAGUUAAAAUGCCCAGUAAAAUACAUGUUUUAUUUAGUUAUUAAUUUGCUUACGAUUAACUUAAAAUUAGUAUUACAAUUAAUUAAAUUACGAUUUACUGUUAGUUCAUACAACGACUUAAGAUUUAUCAUCAUACUUUGCCUUAGCGCUUUGCGAAUACUCUCUUUAACAUACAUACAUACUGUAUAAGUAUAUUCUGUAAGCGUUUCACGUACUAUGUACCACAAAUGUAACUGUUAAUUACUCCUAUGUAUUAGUUUUAUAUGCAAAAAUCUAAUUGUUAGUUGCUUAGUUAUAAUACGCUCAUGUUAUACAUCACAUAUUUAAUAUAAAAAGAAUUAGUGUACAUUUAGCUUUAAAUUCAAGAGAAGCCUAAACAAUUUGUUCCAAUGCAAAUAUGUCUUUGCCGUGGAGGCAAACGAGCUAAACUGAAAUUAAGCGGCACUUUUAAAGUAUACUUUGUUGCUAAAAAUCCUAUUGAUGGCAAAAUUGAAUCAUUAAAGUUGAAAUGUUGCAACAGUGCCUCAUUAAAUGUGAAAUAUUGCAACGAUGCCUAAAAAAGUUGCUGAGUAAUGCUUAGAUUUUAUAAAUAUAAGUGUGAAUUUGCAAUGGGAACUCGAGUUUAUCGUUUAUGUCUCCUCGGCGUCGAUAUGUAUACACAUGAAAUCACAAAGUUCCAUUAAAACCAA